ACCAGCACUUCUCCACCAUCUCCCGUGUAUUCCACCUUGCCUGUGACUUCUUUUACUGAUAUUGGUUCUUCUCUUACUUCUGUUGACACCACCACCUUGUCUGUAUCACCUUCCACAGAACGAAUCACCCGUGGGACAACAAGUUUUGUAACCAGCUCACCUCAUACUUUGUCUCCUGUUAUCACCACUGCCACAACUAUUCCUGGGUCUCCUCCUGCGACAUCUUCCAGCAAAGUCACCACCCCAUCCUCCAGUAGCAAUGUGGCCACCACAUCUUUUUCAACUGAUACAGAAGUCACAGCCACUUCAGCCACUAUAGCUAACACUGCUACAUCCGUCUCCAUGCCUACUGCACCCAGCACUCCUGCUAGUACCAGCGGUGGCUCCACUACCUCCACUUCAGUUCCUGCUGCAGUCAGCACACCUGACAUCUCUACCUCUGUCAGCAGCAGCCCUGGGACACUGCCAUCAGAAUCCAGCACAUUAUCAAGCAUUGCUCCUCACACCAUGUCUCCUGUGUUCUCUCCUCCUCACUCCAGCGGACCUUCAACAACCUCCGUCUCCACCACACCUGUGACCCCUGUGGUUGUCAUCACCACAACAGCUGGGCCAAAACCAAGCACACCGAGGACACCCAGGGUCACGGCAUCCACCUCCACUGCCCCUAGCAGACCCCUUACUCCUACAGUGAAAAUCACCUCCACUCCAGUUCCCACUGUGCCAACAACCACACCAGUGAACUGCUUCAAUGGAGGGGAAUGGAAAGGAGAGGCCUGUGUUUGUGCCCCUGGCUACGAAGGAGACCGGUGCGAAUCUGUGAUCCAGAUCUGUGACAAUGGAGGCUUGUGGGAUGGAAUCAAGUGCCAGUGCCUCACCCCUUACUAUGGACCGAAGUGUGAGGCAGUGAUGGACAGCAUUGUGAUGGAGCCACCAGAGACAGUCUCAGCCCAAGUAGAAAUGACAGUGACAGUGACCAGUCAGGAGUUCACUAAAGAUCUAGAAGAUCUAUCUUCCAAGAAAUUCCAGGAGUUCAAUAAGACAUUCACGGAACAGAUGGACCUUGUUUACUCUGGAAUCCCUGAGUAUGCAGGGGUCAACAUUACAAAGCUGAAACCUGGCAGUGUGGUGGUGGAGCAUGACGUCAUUCUGAAGGCCAAGUAUACUGUAGAAUAUAAGGACAUACUGAAGAAGGCCUCUGAGAAGGUAGAAGAAAAGAUCCUGAAUGUGACCAGGGAGCAAAUAAUGAGUAAUAAUUCCUGCCCAGCCUUACUGUGUUUCAACACGACUGCCACCAAGGUGCAGAACAUUACAGUGACCCAGUAUGACCCUCUAGAGGAAUGCCGGAAAAACGCUGGGAACCUCAGCCACUUCUUCACAGUGGAAUACAAGAACCAACAGCCAUACUGCAUCAACCCCUGCAUGUCUGGCUUCAACUUCUCAAUGGCCUGUAACUUUGGCAAGUGCCUGAUGAGACACAGUGGCCCAAAGUGCUUUUGCCUGACCACAGACACCCACUGGUACACAGGGGACACCUGCGAUACAGGGAUCCAGAAGAGCCUGGUGUACGGGCUCCUGGGGGCAGGGGCUGUGGUGGUGCUGGCCAUCCUUGUCAUCCUUCUGGUGCUCACAUUGCGCUCCAAGAAAGAAGCAAACAGGCAAAAGUACAGAGUGUCUCAGUUGUACAAGUGGCAUGAAGAGGAUGGCGAAUCAGUCACUGGGACCUUCCGAAACAUUGGCUUUGACAUCUGUCAAGGAUAG